AUGGGCGCGCCAACGCCUCCGUUGAAGAUCUUUAUCUUGAUGAGUGAGACAAUCGGUUCGGCUGUGGCCAACGUCGCCGUCGUGGUCGGGAAUCGAGUCGUCGAACCACCGAAAUUGAAGUGGAACGAUCUUGAUGAUUUUGGUGGGUCCUUGAGAAACUUGAAACAGUUUGCCGAAGGCAUCGAGAAUGAUGCCAUGUCUGUUGGCGAAAUCACGCUCGACGCCACCCGUGAGGUUGCAGAAAUUGCUGUAACCCAGGCAGUUAGGCUCGCGAAGACCACCCUGGAGCAUGCGAAGAAAACUGCCGAGCAAGGGGCGAAGAUCGCCGAAGCGGUGGGUCGCUUCAUCGCAGACCAAGCAAGGGCGUUUGGAGAGGAGGUCGCCAAGGUUGGGCCUCUGGUUUCAGGCUUGGGGCAGGAACUCUGGAGCGAGAUGAUGAGCUUCCUCAACUGUCUGAAGCCGUCCACCUCCCUUUGCCAAGUGCUUAUCGGGAGGGAGUGUGAUUGUAGUGCCGGAAGCUACGUCAAGGUCUUCACCGACAGGAUGGAAAUGCGGUGUGUCUUCUCGAGAACCUCCGAGUUUUCCCAGGGAUUUGGUAUCAAGGCAAUGCAGGACAGCGACCCAAAAAGCGGGACCACACUCCUGCCUGGAAGUGAGUUUACACAGCCCUACAAGAUGUACAAGGACGUACUGAGAAGCAGGGACGGCUUGCAGGAGACCUGGGUUUCAGAAAACAAAAACCCUUGCGGGCUGUGUGUUUCUGAACAUCGAACAGAAAGAGAGGUGUGGGUAGUAGCCUCAACCCUUACUCCCUUUGUCCCAAACCUUAAGCCUUACACUGUAUGCAGCAUUACCCGAGACUCGUUCAAGACUUUGACCAUCUUGAGCGAAGGCAAUGCAGAAACCAAGGCCAGAGGGCCUGUGCGAAACUGA